AUGACCACCGAAACCUUCAUCGCUGCCUUAAAACGAUUCGUAGCUAGAAGAGGACUCUGCCGCAAUAUUUACUCCGACAACGGAACGAAUUUCGUCGGCGCGGACAAUGAGUUAUCGAAACUCCACCAGCACUUCAUCCCAGCCCUCUCACCGAACUUCGGAGGGCUAUGGGAAGCCGCGGUUCGGUCGUUCAAACACCACAUAAAACGCGUGGUCGGUGAAGAACUCUUUACGUUCGAAGAGUUCAACACCUUGGUUGUCGAAAUCGAAGGAAUCCUAAAUUCACGUCCGCUAACUCCACUUUCCGCCGACCCAACCGAUCCUUCCGCAUUGACUCCAGCCCACCUGUUAAUUGGUAAUUCUUUGACGAGCCUACCUGAGGCCGAUUUCAGCAAUACACCUGUCAACCGGCUGUCGAAGUGGCAGCAUAUCCAGAAGGUAAAACGCGACUUCUGGAACAGGUGGUACAAAGAGUACCUGAACCAGCUCAACGUACGACAAAAGUGGGUCAAGGGAUCCCACGAUCUACGAGAGGGAUCCUUGGUGGUCUUGAAGGACGACCACCUACCUCCGCUCCAGUGGCACCUCGGCCGAAUCGAAAGGAUGCACACUGGGCCAGACGGGGUAACACGAGCGGCGACCGUGCGGACCAGCCACGGCAGCUACAGGCGCAGCGUCAAGCAGCUGGCCCAGCUUCCAGUAACGGACGACAUCGAAACUGCUCAAAACGUUGAGCAGUCGCCUAGCGGUCGUAAUCCGCAAUCACCGCAUCCCGCACCGCUGUAG